UUAGGCUCCCUCCCCUCACACACACCCUCUCGGAAAGGUGUCGGAGAGAGAGAGGCUCAACCAACAAGUUGUGACAAAUCCUUUUUUAUCAAGGACAAGGGAGUUCGCACAAAACUCAAGUUGGGCGGUGAGAACCAUGCAAGUGUUUCACUGAAUGGACCGAACGGAAGAAUCGAUUUGAGUGGAAGUUUCUUUCUCUUCUUCUUUCAGUUGAGUCUGGCAUACCUCAUCCUCUCGUGUGUAGGCUACCGCCUGCGUGUGUAGGCAGCCGAGGUCCCACCCGAAGACACACUUUUAUGCUGUGAUUUGUCGGUUGUCUUCUCGGUUCAGGACUGAUUUAAAGGAUUGGAAAUGCCUGGGAACGAGAGAGUUUCUCGUCUCUUGAAAGAGAUCAUUCAAAAGCCAGGGAACGACGCGUGCGCAGACUGUGGCGCGCCUGAUCCUAGUUGGGGCUCCUGUUCCUUAGGAGUGUUCAUCUGUGUUCAGUGUUCCGGGAUCCACAGGAAUAUUCCCGACAUCGGAAUGAAGGUCAAAUCCCUCGGCCUCUCCCGCUGGGAAGACCAGGAAGUAAAGUUCAUGGCGGAGAAUGGGAACGAAAUGAUGAAGCAGAAAUAUGAGGCGGUUGUUCCUGUCUACUACUACAAACCUACCCACAAAGACUGCCAGGUCCUGAGGGAGCAGUGGAUCAGAGCGAAGUACGAGAGGAAAGAGUUUUCAGGGGAAGGGAAGAAAUGGACCUAUGAGGAGGGAACGAGGGAUGGAAUGUUGAUGAAAAGGGGGCGGGACAACGGCCAGUUCCUCAACCGACGAUUCGUUCUCUCAGAAAGAGAGGGGACACUGAAAUACUUCACCAAGUAUGAUGCCAAGGAGCCUAAAGCGGUGAUCAAGGUGGACUCUAUCAACGCAGCCUUCCAGCCAGAGAAGAUAGGUAACCCCAACGGACUACAGAUCACCUACCUGAAAGACUACAGCACCAGAAACAUCUUCCUCUACCACGACAACGGCAAGGAGAUAGUAGACUGGUUCAACUCUAUAAGGGCCAUCCAGCUCCACUAUCUAAAGGUGGCCUUCCCAGGGGCUAAUGAUGCAGAGCUGAUGCCCAAAUUGACCCGCAACUUUCUGAAGGAGGGCUAUAUGGAAAAAACAGGACCCAGGCAUACAGAAGGGUUUAAGAAGCGUUGGUUCACCCUAGACCACAGACGUCUCAUGUACUACAAAGAUCCCCUGGAUGCCUUUGCCAAGGGUGAGGCUUUCCUAGGGCACCAGGACCAUGGUUACAGCGCUAGCCCCGGCCUUCCCGCCGGAACCCACUGCAACGGCGCCUGGCAACAUGGCAUCACCAUAGUAACACCCGAGCGCAGCUUCCUGUUUACCUGCGAGACGGAAGUUGAGCAACAGGAUUGGCUGAAACACUUCAAUGAUGUCAUCAGCAUCCAGAUGUCCCCUCAGGAGUACUCCAUGGAGGCUAUGUUCAGACACAAGCAUUGAUGGACCUGUGGCCUGAUGGAUCCUUCCUUCUCCCAUCCUCCUCUCCUCUACCCGUCUUCUAUUCCUCCUCUCCUCCUCCUCUCCUCCUCCUCUCCUCUGCCCUCCUGGAGAUCACCAAGACGUUUGAGUUAGGUUAGACUGUCCUUGCCUAAGAAAGAAAGAUGUACAAACACACUAGACUGCAGCAGGACCUGUCAUCAUGGUUAACCAUUGUGCCUUACACUAAGUCAUUAUUUUAAUGUCUCAGGUCAAUGUGAAUUUAAAUGUUUACUUUUAAAGUUCUCUAUUAAUAUCUUAGAAAUGGACAUGUUUGAUGGGUGAGUUUGGUUAGGAGAUAUGUAAGAUAUACAUUUGAAUAUAACGAUGGAUAAUGUUCGACUCUCUUAGGGUUGUGUAUAAACAGUUAGUGGGUUUUUUUGACAGUGCCAUCUUGUGGUGUUUCAAGAAUAUGACAUCUCUCUUUCUACAUAUCCUGUAUGACCUAAGAUAUUUUCACCCUGUUCUUUUAAGGUAUAAUACAACAUAUUUAGACUGAGGAGACAUGCAAGGAAUAUAUCAUUGAUUGAUCCAUAUUUGUCAUUCAUCCCAUGUCAUGCUUUUAUACGUGUUGUCAAGGGUGUUUUCCAUUAGAGAAGAAGAUUGGUUAGAAAUGAUCACGUUUGAGGCACUACAAACCAUCAGUUUCACCAUUUUUUUAAUAAAUCCAUAUAUUGGUC